UGCCUUUCUCAGCAGUAUCCGUCUCGCUCAAGACACCCGAGGGACCCAUGGCUGCAGCCGCGGCCCGACAGGGGCGACAGUGGGAAGAGCCCCACACCCUGGGGCGGGCGGUGAGGCUGCUGCAGCGCCUGCAAGAGCAAUGCGGGGACCCCCGGCUGACCAUGAGUCCCCCGAGGCUGCGGGACGUACUGCCCCGCACAGCGCAGCUGCUGCGAGAGGUGGCCAACAGCCGGCGGGCGGGCGGCGGAGGCGAACCCGAGGGGCCCGGGGGAUCUGGGGACUUUCUUGUAAUCUUUCUCGCCAACCUGGAAGCCAAGAGCCGGCAGGUGGCGGCGCUGUUGCCACCCCGAGGCCGGAAGGGUGCCAACGACGAGCUCUUCCGGGAGGGUUCCAGACUCAGGCGACAGCUGGCCAAGCUGGCCCUCAUCUUCAGUCACAUGUAUUCGGAACUGUGUGCGCUCUUCCCCAAGGGAAAGUACUGUGGACACAUGUACCAGCUCACCAAGGCCCCAGCCCACACCUUCUGGAGGGAGCACUGUGGAGCCCGGCUCCCGGAGGCCUCAGCUCAUCUCCUCCAUUCCACCCCUGCCAGGUGUAUGGUACCCUGGGCCGAAUUUGAGUCACUCCUUUGCGCCUGCCACCCAGUUGAACCUGGUCCCACAGCCCUGGCCUUGCGUUCUACGAUUGACCUCACCUGCAGUGGUCACGUGUCCAUCUUCGAGUUUGACAUCUUCACCAGGCUCUUCCAGCCAUGGCCAACACUCCUCAAGAACUGGCAGCUCCUGGCGGUCAACCACCCAGGCUACAUGGCCUUCCUCACAUAUGAUGAAGUCCAAGCGCGCCUGCAGGCCUGCAAGGACAAACCCGGCAGCUACAUCUUCCGGCCCAGCUGUACUCGACUGGGACAGUGGGCCAUCGGUUACGUGAGCUCAGACGGCAGCAUCCUGCAGACCAUCCCUCUCAACAGACCCUUAUACCGGGCACUCCUGGAAGGACAAAAGGAUGGCCUCUACCUCUACCCGGAUGGAAAGAACCACAACCCAGACCUGACCGAGCUCUGCAAAGUAGAACCACAUCAGCGCAUCCACGUAUCCGAGGAGCAGCUGCAGCUCUACUGGGCCAUGGACUCCACAUUUGAGCUCUGUAAGAUCUGUGCGGAGAACAGCAAGGAUGUGCGCAUCGAGCCGUGUGGCCACCUGCUCUGUAGCCACUGCCUGGCUGCCUGGCAGCAUUCAGACAGCCAGACCUGCCCCUUCUGCCGCUGCAAGAUCAAGGGCCGAGAGGCCGUGAGUAUCUACCAAUUCCAAGGGAAGCCAGCAGAAGCCCAGGCCCUUGCUGAGGACGCAGGGUUCAUCAGUGACCAGGAAGAUGAGGAGUUGGAGCUAGGGCAGACAACCCCCUCGGCUCCUCCACUGCCCCCUCGGCCAGAUCUGCCCCCCAUGAGGCCCAGAAAUGAACGCCAGCUGAAGGUGGAACCUCCGGCCCUCCCCAGACUUCGGGCACCCCUUCCCUUGCCAAGAAUUAGGACUGAGGCCUCAGCCAUGUGGGAUGUCACCUCCAGUCCCCAAGCCAGAAAGGGGGCUACAGGGACCUCCUAAAGGGAAACCCUCUUCCAGCUGCCCUGUGGGCUACCCUUCCCCACUGGCUCCCCAGGCCUGGAGGCUAGGGCACCCAAAUGUGCUGCUAAAGGGAGCCCCAGGGGCUGGAAAGGGUUUGCCAAAUGAAAAUAAACUACCAAGCCCGCCUUA